AUCAGAUUAUAAUGUCACUAAUCGAUGGCAUAAUCAUUCUCUUGAUUCAGUUGAUCUUACUCACCCUGGGCACAAAUCUCGCCACACGUCUUUUAUUCAAAGGCUAUGUACCGCCUUCUACAUUUACACAAUUCACAAACAAUCUCAUCGGACCCCAUAUUAUCUUUGCAAUAAGCCUGAGCUGCUCAUGUACUCUUUUCUUGCUUGUGUUUGCAGAAAUUAGCAAUGUGUUUUCAAAGACGACACGAUGGCAUUAUUGGCAAUGGAAUCUUAAUGUGCUUUUGAUCUUGGUUAUUCUUGUCAUACCCUGGUAUCAGGUUUAUACCUUCUUGAGGCACAGCCGAGGUUGGAGAACAAAAUCAGCAGCAUAUACUACUACAUUUGUGUGGAUAAUAUAUAUGUAUCUUUUUGAACACAUUGGACACAUUUCUCAAGGUGAUACAUCGGGCUACACCUGGUUGGAGAUUGGCAUAUUCCGUGUCAGUAUAAUCGGUAUCACAUUGAUUGCUGCCCUAUCUGGUUUCGGUGUAGUAAAUACACCAUAUACGACCUGGGCAGCCUACACAAAGCAGGUUAGCGAGCGUGAUUAUAGUAUUGCAGAGCAUGCCUAUGAGCAAACAAAAAAGAUGAUCCAAGAAAGAAGUGUGCAAUUGAAGAAACUCCAAAGUCAGUCUGAAGAACAACAGCCAGAGACAAAGGCUUCAUCGAGUAAAAUGAGUCAAUGGAUAUCUUCUCUUAUGAACCGGACAAAUACUCGUGAGCUUGAUCAGCUGGAAAUCGAGAUAUCACAAAUGGAAGGGCUAGCGACAAGUAUGAAAGCAAAUCUAGAGGAACUAGCAAGAGCAAGGGUCAAAAGCCAGUUUUCUCAAACCUGGAAAGGGCAGUGUUGGAACCUUGUUGGAAGUGUUUUUACGGUAUAUUGUGUAUAUCGGCUUAUAGUGACAUCUUUCAAUGUUAUUACACGACGAGUUGGAUCUAAUGAUCCUAUUACAAAUAUGAUAUCUUUGAUGAUCAGCCAUUUUGAUAAAGAGGGAUCAAAGCUUGACAUAAGUUUUUGGUCCCAGCAGCUUAGUUUCUGGUUUGCUGGUAUAAUUGUUUUUGGUUCUGUGCGAGGAUUCUUACAGAUCUUGACGAGGAUUAUGCGCUCCUGGUCAAACAAAAUGUCUAUAUCUACCAGUACAUUGUUACUUUGUGUGGCACAUAUGAUGGGUCUAUACUUCCUUAGCUCUGUGCUGAUGAUGCAAACAAGUCUUCCUUAUGAUUACCGUUAUUUGGUGUCAUCAUCACUUGGCCACAUUGAGUUUGAUUAUUUUCGGCGAUGGUCAGAUAUUAUUUUCAUGAUUGCGUCUUUAUUGACAGGCUUGGUAUUAUUUGUAAUUAACCAAACCAGUGAUGUCCAAAGCCUUGCGGCAGACUUUGCAGACAUGAAUUUCUUAUCUGCUGAGAGUGGUCUAAAUUCGAUUCCAGACAGCCGUGUGAAAUAAGAGGGAUUAAGAUGACAGCAAAUUAGACACAAAUUUCAUACUUUUUCAUUAUAAUUAUCACUAACAUUAUCAUUAUACCUAGAAUUAGAGUUCUUUCUGUAAAAUAAAGUAACCAAUGUAACUUGACCUUGUAUG